AGAGGAGACCGUCGGCAGCGGGAAGCCCCCGUGUCUCUCCCCAGGGCUGCUGAGGGCAGCACACCAUGAGCUGCGCUUUAAAACGUCAGAUGGAGACGCACACCGCACUUUUGACACUUUUGAGACAUUUUUGCGGUUUAUCUGUGCGAAAAUACAUUUUUGAAGCUGAAUGCCAUAAAUUACAGUCGCUCAAGUUUCCCCGGACAACUGAAAUCACUUAUGGUUGUACUUAAACGCUCUCCUUUCAGAUGAGAUGUGAAGACUACCGAAGCAGUCCGAUGGUUCCCUCUGAAUGUAACCAGUCUACUAUUUCGCUUGUUUGUACUGGACGUGCAUAAAUGAAGGACACCGAUGCUGGGAUUCCCUGUUUGCUUUUGUGCUCAGCAUAAUUCAAAAAGAAAGAAGACAACAAUUCACCAAAUAAAGAAAAAAAUAUGGAUGAACGUGCUGCAGAGAAAAGCUCCAUGACAAAUCCUUCCUCGCUGUAUGGACGCUGCUUCUGAAAGGCUUUCUGAAAGUGAAGAGGGAAAGCUUUCACACACCCAGUACCUGGAAAAAAAGGCUUUGCUGAUCGGCUUCUAUACAACGACCAAAAGCUACGAGAUGAUUAAAAAUCAACCAAAGGAUUCCUGGAUGUUUGUCCUCCUCUGCAUCAUGUAACUGUAAUGUUCUGGCUUUCUAAUAUCAUCCAAGACACUAGCCAAGUUUCAGCACAAAUCUCAAUUUGGAAGGCUUCACGUGGACAGGGAACAGAUAAGAAGAGAGACAACAAGCAAGCCUAGUGUAUCUUUCGUCAUCAUCUUCCUACAUGCAGCUCCCAGCAUAGCGUUAUUGAAAAGGAGGAGUCUAUUAAAGCAUUUGAUAGAUAGGAAGGUUUGGUCUGAAGGUGUUGUUGCUGGCUGGCUACUAGCUGGAGAUGAGAUAAGAGCGUUGGGAAGAGAGAAAAGGAGUGCCAGCCUGACAGGAGCUGAAUACAAAUUAGGAUUCCUCUCUCCAGCAGCUACACCAGUGAGGCGAAUCAAUAUGAGAGAGACUAAAUGGACAUAUUAGCCGGCUUAAACUACGGAAGCAUUAGUUGUGAAUGGAACUAGAUGAUUGUCAUAUGGUUGAUAUAAAAUAGCAAUACGAGGGAUAUUGCAAUGUGAAAUAAGACGCAUAAAAGACAAGCUUAAGCAUUUUUCUUCAGCCCAAACCAAAAAUGCCACGCCACUGUACUUUUAAGCGCCAUGCCUGAACUGAUGUAAUUAGGCUGGUUUAAAACCUUGGAAAAAAAGAGGGUUUAAAAGAAGCGGAGGCGAGAUGGAGCUGGAUAACAGCUCACUGGACUACUUUACCAGCAACUCCACAGAAAACCCUGACACCAUUACAGCUCCACCCUGGAGUGAGGCAACAAUUCUCGGUUUCCAGAUCUCCCUCUCUGCCGUAUUAGCCCUCGUCACCUUGGCUACCGUGCUUUCAAACGCCUUCGUCAUCGCCACCAUCUAUCUGACCAGGAAGCUCCACACACCUGCCAACUUCCUGAUCGGCUCCCUGGCCGUCACAGACCUGCUGGUGUCUAUUUUAGUAAUGCCGAUCAGCAUCGUCUACACUGUGAGCAAGACGUGGUCGCUGGGGCAGAUUGUUUGUGACAUCUGGCUGUCGUCUGACAUCACCUUCUGCACGGCCUCCAUCUUGCACCUGUGUGUGAUUGCAUUGGACCGCUACUGGGCCAUCACAGACGCACUGGAGUACACAAAACGCCGCACCAUGCGCCGGGCAGCGGUCAUGGUCGGGGUAGUGUGGGUGAUCUCCAUAUCUAUUUCCAUGCCUCCACUUUUCUGGCGGCAGUCCAAAGCCCACGAGGAGCUCACAGAGUGCUUGGUGAAUACAGAUCAGAUCUCUUACACCCUAUACUCCACCUUCGGCGCCUUCUACGUCCCCACGGUGCUUCUCAUCAUCCUCUACGGACGGAUCUAUGUAGCCGCCCGUUCCCGCAUCUUUAAAACGCCGUCGUCUUCUGGGAAGCGUUUCACCACAGCACAGCUCAUCCAGACCUCUGCAGGCUCCUCUCUCUGUUCUCUAAAUUCUUCCUCCAACCAGGAAGCCCACCUACACUCUGGCAAUGUGGGAGGUGGGGGAGGAUCACCUCUGUUCAUGAACAGCGUGAAAGUGAAGCUGGCAGACAGCGUGCUGGAGAGGAAACGCCUGUGUGCGGCUCGGGAGAGGAAAGCGACCAAGACACUGGGCAUCAUCCUGGGCGCUUUCAUUGUUUGUUGGCUCCCGUUCUUUGUGGGCACACUCGUCACGGCCAUAUGUAAAGAGUGCUGGUUUGAUCCAGUGCUCUUUGAUGUAUUUACCUGGCUGGGAUACCUGAACUCCCUCAUCAAUCCUGUUAUCUACACCGUAUUCAACGAUGAAUUCAAACAAGCUUUCCAGAAACUCAUGAAAUGCAGACGCUUCCACUGAAAGAAACUGAUUCAAACUUUUAAAGAGUGUAAAAGAGAAAAAGCAAACAACAUAAUAAUUAUAAUAGAAGUACUGUGUACACGUAAAUGUCCCAUCUUGUUUUUUUUUAUAUAUCAAACAGCUCUGUGCCAUAGCUCUUUAGAGACCUAAAGCAUAUCAUCCAUAUAGGCUUAAUCAUGCAUGCCAAAAAAAAAGGAAAUCUUGAUCCCGAAGAAUGUUGGAACUCUUCUUCAAAGACAAAGAAAGAGGAUUUCAAGGCCAUUUAAAUGUCAAUGGGACACUUGUGUUAUUUUCUUUGACAAAGGCAGAGAUCAAAAACAAGGAUUGGUGGGAUGAGGGAACUCAGAAGGACUGGAUUUAAUCCAGCGGAAAUGAAAAGCCAUGAAAUAUAUGUUGUCUUAAUCUCUGUGUCAUUCUGUGUGCUGCUGCUCCCAUGAAAUGUCUCUGUGGUACAGUAAAGCACUUAGAAAAGACUGCAAAACUCCAGAGAUUCAGUAUAUGUUGCCAUGUUCAGUAUGCAAUUAUAUUUGAAAGUGGUGUGUGUAUGUAUGUGUGUGUGUGGGUGGGUGUGUGUGUGUACUGUAUGUGUACAGGUAGUUACUUUACUGUAAUAUAUGCGUGUUUGAAGAAGGGAGGCUUGUCAAGUGUCUGACAUUUAUACUUUUACAAGUGAGGCUUGUCUCGUCGUUACAGAGACAGAAAUGGAAACAGCAUUUCCACUCUGCUUCUGAAUUUUAAGUAACAGCCAAUGCCAUAGCAACAAAUAAACCCAUUCAAAAACAUUAUGAAAUGAUGUGCUCUGCUAUGAGGACAGGGAUCAGAGUGGCGGCUUCUGAAGGCAACAUUGGACUCUAUUUUUGCGAUUUUAUGUGUUUGGUUUAUUCAAUGUUAAUACCUGUGUUACAGUUCAGUAAAAGCGGCAGAUGGUAUAACCUCUGCAGAAGUGUUUUCAGGAUAAAAUCAUACGAAUAGCAGUUUUCCUAGCGACUCUUCUACUUACUUCCAUAUGAAAAACUGAUCAAUGCCACCGAUUGGCUAAUGAAUAACACACUGCUUAGUUAGUGCGCACGUUUAUGGCAAACAAAGAAAUGCACACUUAAAAUGAAAUGUACAUGCCAAACACAGUUGUGAGAAAUGAUAACGUUUGUUUAAAUAAUCCAGAGAAUAAUUCUAACAAAAAGAUUAUGUUUUUUUUUACUUUAAAACAUUAUUUCAGUUAUUGUAUAUUAAAUGGCUCUAUUCAAAAUAUGAGUUUCCCUUGUUAGAGACAAAUGUAACACCCCAGAAACCAUGAUGGCUUUUCUUUCUCAGGCCUAGGCAGCAGAAAAGUAACUGAAUAAUUGACUGCUUAACAUGUUGCUGAAUCCAUCAGAUGUACUGCUGACAGCCACUUUAAUGCAAAAUACAAGUCAAAUUACCUUUUUGCAACAUUUAUUCCAAGUGACAGAAAGGACAGGAGGGGUGUAAAUUCAAAGCUAUUUUUACAAUAAAUGUCAGACGAGAUGAGAAAUGUAGUGUCUGGGUUUUUAUGGUGGGUCACACACAGGACAGAUUUCCCAUAACAUGUUGAGGUCACAUGAAAGCCAUGGUUCAUUUUGUAUGUGUGACAGGCACAGGGAAUUGCAAUCAGAAAUAAGUACUACAGAGACAGUGUUAAAAAAAAAGUGAAUGUGAGUGGAAUGGAAAUAAGGACAGAAACUUAACAGAAAGACAACUCCCUAACCUUAAAUCAUAAAUUACGCCUGAGAGUAGGAGUAACAAGAGAGCUGAAAAAUAUGUGACUGGAAUGCUACUAAAAUGUGCUGCAGGUCAAUUUAAUCAUUCAUUUGUCGCAAAUAUCUUAUUUACAUCCCUGAUUAUCUAUAAGGUACACUUUAAAUAUUAAAGUCGAGACUCAGAAAUAUAGAAAAAAGGAGAGAAAUCAGGCGUUAAACAGAGCAAGUUGGAUAACCUUUGCAUGUUUUUGCGUGCCAGGAGUUCAAGGGGCUGGCGAUGUGCCGCUCAUAUGAGCCAAGGAAUGUAUUAAAAGUUUAUUUGAUCAAUCCCACAGAAAGAAUAAAGUCACUUAAAGAACUAUAACAUGUUUUCUCAGUUUGGACAAGAGAUUUAGUUUAGUCUGAGUCACUUAAAUUGACUCAGCCCACUGAUGCACUUCAGAGUCCACCUUUACCACGUCCAGAGCAGAGCACAGAGUGACCUAAUGGUUUCUGCCAUCAAUUCUUCAUGUCUGGCUCUCAGAGUGCCAGCUGUACACUAUACAUCUAUAUACACAUGCAUACACACACCAUACAUCUCUGUGAUACCACGACCAUUGCUCUCAGUGUCUCCCACUGGUCUGGAAAUGACUGGCUGAAUGAACCAGUGGAGAUGUGGUCAAUGCUGCAUUAGACUCAAUUCAGUCUGAUUAUUAAAUUAUAAAAUAAAUGAAUUAUU